AUGGCAUCUGGAAAAGCAGCCAGAGUGCAGCUCAGCGACGAUGAGGUCGACGACAUCCUCUACCUGACCCGUACAAACGAGAGCACCGAACUCCAACAAUAUCUCGGUCAACUGUCACAACAACACAACUGCAGCAUCGCAGCUCUGCUCGAAAGCAGUGUCGACGAGGACAACGGCAACACACCUUUCCACUACUGCGCUGCAAACGGCUGUGCUGACCUCCUCAGAACACUCUCAUCACAACUCGACCCCUCGACGAAAACCGAAGUCUUGAGCCGCAAGAACGAGGCCGGCAACACUGCACUGCACUGGGCUUCCGUCAACGGCCAUGUCGAAGCCGUCAAAGCCCUUAUCGACAGCGGCGUAGACGUCUGGGUCAAGAACGCCGCCGGACACCUCCCAGUCUUUGAAGCCGAGCGCGCAGAAAAGGACGAGGUGGUCGCAACACUGUUGAUUGCCGGUGGAAAGGAAGACGAGGAAAAGUCAAGGGCACAAGAAGGCGAGGCUACCGAGGAAGAGAAGGCAGAGGUGGAUGUUGAGGCUGCGACGAGCCAGAUGGGCGAGUCGAGUCUGGAAAAGUGA